CGGGCGGACUCAGCCGGGCUUGGGAGGCCCGCCGGGAGGCGCCGUAUCCGGAGGCUGCCCCGCACCGCAUAAAGCCACAGACGCGCAGUGUCCCCCGCAGCCGCUCGGGCCGGUCGCCGCUGCGGAGAAGCUGCUCCGAUGCUCCAGAGCGGCCAUGGGCGCCCCGCACUGGUGGGACCAGCUGCGGGCUGGCAGUUCGGAGGUGGAUUGGUGCGAGGACAACUACACCAUCGUGCCUGCCAUCGCCGAGUUCUACAACACGAUCAGCAACGUCUUGUUUUUCAUUUUACCGCCCAUCUGCAUGUGUUUGUUCCGCCAGUAUGCAACGUGCUUCAACAGCGGCAUCUACUUAAUCUGGACCCUCCUAGUUGUAGUGGGAAUUGGGUCUGUCUACUUCCAUGCAACUCUUAGUUUCCUGGGUCAGAUGCUUGAUGAACUAGCCAUCCUUUGGGUUCUGAUGUGCGCUUUGGCCAUGUGGUUUCCCAGGAGGUAUUUACCAAAGAUCUUUCGGAAUGACAGGGGCAGGUUCAAGGCAGUGGUGUGUGUCCUGUCUGCAGUUACAACAUGCCUGGCAUUCGUCAAGCCGGCCAUCAACAACAUCUCUCUGAUGGCUCUGGGGGUUCCCUGCACUGCGCUGCUCAUUGCAGAGCUGAAGAGGUGCGACAAUGUGCGUGUAUUUAAGCUGGGUCUCUUCUCGGGCCUCUGGUGGACUCUCGCUCUCUUCUGCUGGAUCAGCGACCGAGCCUUCUGUGAGCUGCUGUCCUCCUUUCACUUUCCCUACCUGCACUGUGUAUGGCAUAUCCUCAUCUGUCUUGCUGCAUACCUGGGCUGUGUGUGCUUCGCCUACUUUGAUGCUGCCUCAGAGAUACCCGAACAAGGUCCAGUCAUCAGAUUCUGGCCCAGCGAGAAGUGGGCUUUUAUCGGUGUCCCCUAUGUGUCUCUCCUGUGUGCCCACAAGAAGUCGCCAGUCAAGAUCACGUGAUGGCCAGGCAGUGGCUGCCUUCUCUACUUCUGUUCGAGUGUGCGCUGGGGCUUCGUUUGCUAGCAAGGAUGGUGGCCAAGGGGGCUGAGGAAUCAGUGUGGUGUGGGUGUUUAACAUCCUGCUCCUUUGUGAUUUAACUGGACCGCUGUGCCUGACGUCCCCGGGUUGGGAAGUGGAGGGCUCAGGGACCUGUGUGUCUUCCUCGGUGUCCUUUCCAGGCACACGGGCUCGCUGGCUCAUGUCCAUGAUGACACCGUAGUUCUUCGGGAGACCUAGGGCAGCCCAAAGCUUCUUGCUGGAGAAGGUGGCCUGCGGUAGAUCCCACCAUUUCCAGGCUGUCUCAUUACAGGGCACUCAGCCCCCUGCUAUACAAGGCCUUCUGAUUUGGUGAUGGAAGGUUCCAGAACUUUUCAUUUUGCUGGGAGAGACUGUCCUUCAACAAAACCAAGUGGGCAAAACACACGUGGGGACUGUGACUACGGCGGGUGGCUUGCCACUCACACCUCUUAGCCUUCCCAGGUUCUCCACAGGCUUGGGGCUCUUUCCACUACCUCUGCUGAGAGACGGAGCCUCGGCUUCAGAGGGCAAAGCCAGUAGCACCCUCUAUGUCAAAAGCUACACUCCAUUUUAAGCACACAUUAAAUAGUGACACUAUUUCUGCUCUUCCAGAGUGCAGCAGCCACAGACCCACAGAGAAUCCUUCCGGUGUGAAGAUUCUACACGCAGCCCUCCUCUGUUUGUCACUUGACCUCUGUGAGAGCAGGGCCUCAUUGCAAUCAUGGAGGCAGCUCUGGGGGUUUGACUGUGGAGCUCCUGUGAAACUUCUGAGAAUCUUUUCUUAUCAGAAGCCUUCAGUGUGUUGUUACCUCCAAGACUCUGACCCCAUUUUCCUGCUGUUUUUAGGGGAUGUGCCUCUCCUGGGGGAUGUGACUUCUGUUUCCAUAAUGCCUGGUGCUAACUGGUUUCCCAGAGCACUUUGCCUUUCUGGAUGCUGGGCGGUCGCUGCACUCUGAUUGGCUUGCUGCGGGUCA